UUCAAAUCUGCUUUUCUGCUUGUAGGCUCCAGGAGCUAAAAUGGAUCCUGAGCGCUGAAGUGAGGCCCUGACACUGCUUAGGCGGGUGCUCGCAUCAAUUAUCUGCGCUGCUCGGGUUAGGGUCUCGACUCACCAUAAUCGUUUCUGAGAGGCUGUCUCAUACACUGAUGUCAGCCGCCGGUUCCCAAGAAAAAGAAAAGGGCAAUGCAGCCUUCAAAGCUGGUGAUUUCCCAGCCGCCAUCGGCCACUACAGUGCAGCAAUCCACGCGAACCGCACUGACGCGACUUUCCCACUCAAUCGCGCUGCUGCAUACCUCAAACUCGGAAAGAAUGAAGAUGCGGAACGAGACUGCUCGACUGUGCUUUCGCUGAGCAAAGGCAAUGUGAAGGCGUUUUUUCGGCGGGCGCAAGCACGGACUGCAAUGGGAAAGCUCGAGGAAGCAAGGGAUGAUCUAACCGAGGCGAGCAAACGAGAACCUGAAAAUGAGUCGGUGAAGCAGGACUUGAAGAAAGUAGAGCAGCUUCUCCGAGAUACUGUGUCCAAAUCAUCUGCAUCCAAAGCGCCAAUCGAUAUCACUGUACCGUCAGCAAAAGGUCGGCGAAUACCAAUAACUAUCGUGGAAAAGGAUGGGACUCGAAAGACGCUUCCGGUACCUGGCACACAAGAUCACGCGACUCCUCCGGUCACAAAACCAUCCCCCAUUGUCGCGCCCAAAGCCACUGUCGCAGCGAGGCCAACUCAAGGCAACAGUGACCAGGACAUGCUCAGCGCAGUCUCCUCUCGUUCUCUGAGUGGAGCAUCAGCAUCGGGCCCAAAGCAGUCGUCUCCCCCAGCUGCAUCGGCGCCUCUACCGAAGCCCCAGGCGCCGCCGAAACCGCAGCCCAUGUAUACGACGAAAACGGCAAGCUCAUUCAAAGACGCGAAGGCCACACGGGACACCUCAAAACCCAGCCGAAUGAUUGUGGGGGGUGGGAUAUUUCGUGCUUCUGGAGAGAGCACGGUCAUACCGGAACGAGUGCUGAUUGUGCCUCCCACUGGAGAGAAGAAAGUGCCUUCUUCAAAGCCGAGCGCAAAUACGCCAGAACCUUCGUCGUCAUCAGUGUCCAGGCCGCCGCUCGCGACCAGCAAGUCUCCGAUGACGCUGUUCGACUUUACCCGAUCAUGGGAGCGAGAUCCGGACCACGCAGCCCGAUACGCAUUGCUUUCUGAAAUCCCGCCCUCUGCUAUUCCAUCCCUUUUCCAGACUUCUCUUGAGCCAGAAACAUUUUAUGAGAUUGCGGAAACCCUUGGACAAGCAUCGAUUGACCAGGAUGUCGCCAAGGCCUACUUGCACCAACUGGAACAAGUGCCAAGGUUCGGAACGGUCGCGAGAUUUCUGAGUGCCAAGGAACGCGCCCGGAUACGGGAUAUAUGGAGCUCGCUGGGUGUCGGGGAGAAAGACCAAACGAGGAGGCCUGCUGAAUUGGCCGAGGUUUGGGACUUUGUCUAUAGAUGAUGGAAAUAGAGCAGUCAGUUGUGCUGCGGUUGAAAUUUUCGAGGCAGAAAGCAACGCCAAGAGAGCUGGGUUCACACAAUUCACUGGAUCUAUUGUCCAUACUUACUGAGCUCACGAAUCAGCUUUUGUUGAGGACCACUUGAUUCUUCUCGCCAAUCCGAGUAUCGCAUUCUCUCGGCAGUGUUGUUACAGAUGGAAAACACCUUGGAGAAUCCGGUCCAGACAAUCUUGAUGCUGACACCACCAAACAACAAACUUUAAGUACCAGUCGAGCGUGUGUAGCCCGGAUUUCGGCUAUGUAGUAACGUACGUGAGGGAUAUGACAAAAUGUUGCCAACUAUCGAA